AUGAGCUUUUCAAUGUCGUAUUCUCUCUGUCCGAAUUUGACGGGAAAUACCAUUCAUGUUCUUCGUGAUUGCCCCAAAGCUUUCGAUAUCUGCUUUGUGGUGCGUGAGGAGAUGCAGGUUGAUGGAGUCGAGCAGAUGAGGGAAACGGAGAAAUCGUUGAUUUUGUUUUGUAAAUACAAUGGAUUGUGUGCUGGAAUAAAGUUGUCUCGGUCGUCGAGAAUUGGAGAUUUUAUGAAGAUAUUGUGUGGCAAGUUUAGUGAGUUGAGAAGACACUCAUUGCAACUCUUUUAUGCUAUACGUGAUCAUCCUAGUACCAUGUUAUAUAAUGAUGAAGAUUUGGAGGUGAUGUUUGCUGUAGCUGAUAGUAUUGGAUUGAAUUGCAUUGAAGUUACAGUAGUAGACAGUCAUGAUUUUGAUAGUGAUAUUAGUGGGUGUGGUGUUGAUGUUGGUGCUAAUAGUAGUGGGGUUUUCGAUAGUGGUGGUGCUAGCACUAGUAAGGGCAUUUGUUUCAGUGGGCAAGGGUUAGUCGGCUGUCGGUUGGAAUCAAUGGAAUAUGUAGGUAAAGAGGAUGAUUUGGGAGCUAUGUUUUGCUCGCAUCAGCAUCGGCCAAGGUUGUUGGACGCGUGGAAAGAGCUUAUUAAAAGUGUUGGUCAGUUGUUUGUCGGGGGUUCGGAAGGUUUUCGUGAUGCAUUGCGGAAAUAUUCAAUUGUUCAUUCUUUUGAGUUUGACUUUGUAAAGAAUGAAACAGAGAGAGUGACUGCAGUUUGUAAGGUAAAAUCUUGCAAGUGGAAUAUCCAUGCUAGACUUGACAAGGAUGAUGUUCGAGACAAGUCAAAGAAACGUCCUGUUGAUGUUGUUGAUGAUUUGAAGGAGUAUUAUGGGGUGGAUGUAAGUGUUUUUGAUGUUGAGUGGGAUCAAAUCACAAAUCAUUUUUUGAGGUUGUUUGUAGCAUUUGAUGCAUGUGUACAAGGAUUUAAGCACUGUAGGCCUGUUUUAUCCGUUGACGCAACGUUCUUGAAGGCAAGGCAUAUGGGAUGCUUGAUGUCUACUUCAGCUAAAGAUGGUAAUGCAGGUCUAUUUCCAUUAGGAAUAAAAGAGGGUAUUGCUAAGGUGUUUCCUUCAAGCUUUCAUGCUUACCGUCUCUAUCAUUUGAAGUGCAAUUUGCGUACUGCUUUGGCGUCCACAAAUGUCAAGUAUAAAGAGGGUUUGAUCAGAGUGUUUUCAAAAUGUGCUUAUACUCCCACUGUGGCAAAGUUUAAUCAGCAUAUGGGUAAUUUGCUGAAACACGGUGGUGCAGCUGUCAUAACUCUCUUAUUGCUUUACAAGUCAGAGGAGUCAACGGAUAACAUUUUUCAAACGAAAGAUUUCGAUAUUAUGAAUAAGUUCCAGGAUGAUGUCAAAUAA